AUGGCCGUCACCAAGAGCGACGAGAACAUUGCCCAUCCUGCCGAGGCUCAUCUCGACUCGGAGAAGGGCAAUGGCGGUGAUCCUCGUGCCCAGGAGGUCUACCACAGCAGCAGCAACGAGGGCUUUGACUCGGACAGCAAUGAAUUCCAAGAGGGUGUUCAGCGCGUCCGAGCCAUCACCAGCAUCUGGUCCAAGUCGACUCUCUGGAGUUUCUUUGCAUUGCUCUACCUGAUCUCCUUUGUCGACUAUCUUCAGAAUGGGAUCGACUCUUCCCUCAACCCAUACAUCACCUCCGGCUUCGGCGCACACGGUCUGCUCAACAUUGCCAGUAUCCUGUCCACCAUCAUCGGAGGUGUCAUCCCUCUGACGAUCGCCAAGGUCAUUGAUAUCUGGGGCCGUGUCCAGGGCUUCGUCUUCAUGCUUACCGUGUGCGUUAUUGGCAUGAUCCUCAAGGCCACCUGCCAGAACAUUGAGACCUAUGUCGCCGGCUCUGUCAUGUACUGGACCGGCCACAUUGGUGUGCUGUACGUGAUUGAGGUCAUGCUGUCCGAUAUCACCACCCUCAGGAACCGCAUGAUCCUCAUCGGCCUCAGCGGCACCCCUCGCAUUGCCAGUACCUUUGCCUCCGCCCCCAUUGGCCAGCUCUUCUACACCCAUUCCAACUUCCGCUGGGCAUUCGGUGCCUUUGCCUUCAUCCUGGUCGGAUGCAGCACGCCCGCCAUGGGUCUCAUGGUGGUCAUGUCGCGCAAGGCCAAGAAGGAGGGCCUUAUGAAGCCUAGAGCCGCGAGCGGGCGAACCUGGGUCGAGAGCUUCAAGCACUAUGCUGUCCAGUUCGACCUGUUUGGCAUCUUCCUCAUCUCGGCUGGGCUGUCCUUCCUCCUUCUCCCAUUUAGCUUGGCUGCCUAUGCCCCCAACGGAUGGUCUACUGGCUACAUCAUUGCCAUGAUUGUCCUCGGUGUGCUCUUCUUUCCCGCAUUCUACAUCUGGGAGCGCAACUUCGCGCCUGUCCAGUUCCUGCCAUUCAAGUACCUCAAGCAGGGCACAAUCAUCGGUUCCUGCCUGCUGUACGGCAUCAUGUUCCUGUCCACCUUCACCUGGAACGGAUACUACUACUCCUACCUGCUGGUCGUGCACCGCCAGAGCAUCACCAAUGCCCUGUACAUCCUCAACGCCUACUCUCUCACUGCUACCUUCACUGCCCCCAUCAUCGGUGGCGUCAUCAGCUGGACUGGAGACUUCAAGUGGACCGCCUAUACCGGUGUGCCCAUCAUGCUGCUCGGCACAGCCCUGCUCAUCCCCUACCGCAGCCCCGACGCUUCUCCCGGUGUCUUGGCGGUGACCCAGCUCCUGGUCGGUCUUGGCAGCAGCUUCUUCACCACCUGUAGCUCCAUCGCCAUCAUGGCCCCCGUCACCCACCAGGAGAUUGCCGUCGUCAACGCUCUGGCUGGUCUCUUCGGCGGUGUCGGCGCUGCCAUCGGCUACGCCAUUGCCGGUGGUCUGUGGAAUAACAUCCUCCCCGUCGAGCUCAACAACCGCCUCCCCGAGGCGGCCAAGGAGACGUCGCGCAUCAUCUUCGCCAACAUCACCAUGCAGAUGGAGUUCGCCGAUGGAACUCCCGAGCGCCAGGCCAUUGUUGACUCUUACGCCCACGUUAUGCGCCUCAUGGUCAUCACCGGCGCCUGCCUCAUGCCCCUCUGCGUCCUCUCCAUCUUCGUAUGGAAGAACAUCAACAUCCGCAAGAUUGAGGAGGAGCGCGGCAAGCAGACCAAGGGCAACGUCUUCUAA